GUGAGAGGCCCACAAAGCCAGCAAGAGGGGAGGUGAGAUCAGUUACAGCAGGCAGGGCAAAAGCAGGCAGCCAAGCAAGUGAUCUAGGAACAGAGAUAGACUGGAAUAAAGAGAGAGAUAAAGGGAGGAGGAAAAGGCAGAAAGAAGAGGUUUGGUUCAUGUGAGGAGGAAAAGAACAAGACCAGAGGGCAGAGGCAGACAGAUAGGGAACACCUGGACCAAGCAGGGCAUUGAGUUACUCCAAAGGAAGCUCCUUUCUGGGCUCUUCUCCCAGCUCACUGCUCUCUGAGACAACAUGUUUGACUGCAUGGAGGCUCUUGGGCUGGUUCCUCGGCCCCUCUUCGAUGUGUCCAGCCAGGGCUCCUGCAUGCUGGGCAAGGCCAACCCUUACUUUUCCAGGCUGGACCCUUUUUCCUGGACGGGGGCGAGCAGCAUUCAGUCGGUGGAGACUCAGAGCACCAGUUCAGAGGAGAUGGUGCCCAGCUCACCCUCCCCUCCUCCCCCUCCUCGGGUCUACAAGCCCUGCUUUGUGUGCCAGGACAAGUCAUCUGGUUAUCACUACGGAGUGAGCUCCUGUGAGGGCUGCAAGGGGUUUUUCAGACGGAGUAUCCAGAAAAACAUGGUGUACACCUGCCAUCGAGACAAGAACUGUCAGAUUAACAAAGUGACACGUAAUCGCUGCCAGUACUGUCGGCUGCAGAAGUGCUUUGAGGUCGGCAUGUCCAAAGAAGCCGUACGUAAUGACAGGAACAAGAAGAAGAAGGACAUGAAGGAGGAGGUGGUGCUGCCUGAGAACUAUGAGCUGAGCGGAGAACUGGAGGAGCUUGUUAACAAAGUCAGCAAAGCUCACCAAGAGACCUUCCCAUCUCUGUGCCAGCUGGGAAAAUACACCACAAACUCCAGCGCUGACCACAGAGUGCAGCUGGACUUGGGCCUGUGGGAUAAGUUCAGUGAGCUUUCCACUAAGUGCAUUAUAAAGAUUGUGGAGUUUGCCAAGCGACUACCAGGCUUCACUACGCUCACCAUCGCUGACCAGAUCACCCUCCUCAAAUCUGCAUGUCUGGACAUUCUGAUGCUACGGAUAUGCACCCGCUACACUCCAGAGCAGGACACCAUGACCUUCUCAGACGGCCUGACUCUCAACAGGACCCAGAUGCACAACGCCGGCUUUGGGCCCCUCACAGACCUGGUGUUUGCCUUCGCAGGUCAGCUGCUGCCUUUGGAGAUGGACGACACAGAGACGGGGCUCCUCAGCGCAAUCUGUCUCAUUUGUGGAGACCGUAUGGACUUGGAGGAACCAGAGAAGGUCGACAAACUUCAGGAGCCGCUGCUGGAGGCUCUAAAGAUCUACACUCGCCGCAGACGCCCCAACAAGCCUCACAUGUUCCCUCGCAUGCUGAUGAAAGUCACAGACCUCCGAGGAAUCAGCACCAAGGGUGCAGAACGAGCCGUUACCCUCAAAACAGAGAUCCCAGGCCCCAUGCCCCCUCUGAUCAGGGAGAUGCUGGAGAACCCGGACGCCUUCGAGGACAGCAGCGACUCCAGCGACAGCGCCUCGGCGCCUCCCCCUGCCAUCCAGGCCAUCAAGCAAGAGGGGAAGUCCACUUACGAGUCCGCCUUCGAAGAGGAAGAGGAGGAGGAGGAGGACGAAUAUUGGGAGGAGGAGAGGGAGUGGGGGGCGGAAAGUGACGGAGAGCUGUGGGGGGAGGCCGCACAGAAGAAAGCCGUGGUGGGAAAAACGCAGUGAGAAGGAUGCUGCCUCCUCUCUGACAGACCGCUGAGCCGCACAGAGCAACGCCACCUCAGAGUUAGGCUCGUUAAUGACAUUGUAAUAACCUGUACAUACUGACUGCAAGGAAACAGAUUCUAAAUAGGAAGCAAAUAAUCAAAGAGAAAAAGCACUACAUUUCAGUGGAUGAAUGAGGGCACCAUUAAAAUAUCAGCGCGGCCUUAGAAAAGAUAUUUGAGUUCGACACAAUCAGAGCCGCAGAAUAGCAGAAGAAAAUGAGCUGCUCUGCUGUCUCCAAAGGGCUAAGCUUUGUAUAAAAUCAACCAUUAAUCGCAGCAGCUUAUCUCUACAUGGUGUAUAUGUGCCACGAAUGUCUCCUCAGAAUUACUUUUAUUACUUAUGCAACUUAUUUUCUCAUUGUACCUUCUUUUUCUGAGCAUGUUACAUUUAUGCCUGUUUCUCUUUUUUGUUUGAUUUAUUUUUCAAUCCUAUGCAACUCAGCAUGUGUGAAGUUUGAGCUUUAGCCUUUUUCUAUUUGAUUUAUUGGACAAAAGCAUUUCUAAAAAGAUUUUUAGAGAGACAGAGAGUCAUGAGCAGGACUCAAACUCACUAUAAGUUUACACACACAUAUAUAUCUAUCUAUAGAUAUAUAGAUAGAUAUAUAUAUUUCACAAGGUAAGUUUUCAGUCAUGAAAUCAAAUCUAACAAAGGAAGAAAGAAAGGAAAAAGAUCUUAACUUUGGUGCCAAAUAUAGAAAAGGCAACACAAACAUAUCCUUACCUCUCAUCCUUUAUCCUUUCACAAAAAAAUGAUCAAUCUGCAAAAAGUAGAUUUAUUACCAUGCCUCACUCUCAGGUUAACUAUGUCUCAGCUUUCAGUGCAAAGCAUUCUACUCACAGCAAGAUGAAGACAAAGAACUCAAGUAAAAGUAUUUAAAUAGAUGAAUAAAUUACUCAGGUGUUUAUGAGAAAAUCUAUGAACAUUCUCCACAAUUCAAGCCAGAAAGGAUCUAUUAGCAUCUAUUAGAUAACAAAACUAAUUGUAGCUGCUCCCUACAGCUGUUUAAAACCACAGCGAUAAGUCGUUAUAUUGAAUUCAAAAUUGAGCGCUGGAAAAAAUAUGUAAACUCUUUGCAGACAGGAUUCUCAUAAACGACGUAUGAUGGAUUUACCGAACAGUUUUUAACCUUUCAUAAAUUAUUGGUAUCAAUUGAAUAAUACAUGACUUCCAUUUCUAAACUUAAAUCGUCUUUUAAAUGAAUAAAAAUUUAUCAUUAAUUUACUCAAAACACAUUGGAAUAAUACAGAGCAGGCCAGAGAUCGUCUGGGAGCCUAUGUAGACUUUGAAUAUAUAAAUUCAAUAAAAUAGUUACAUUUUUUAAUAUAAGUAUAAUUAUGUUUGAGUUAUAUGAUAUUCAAUGUCUAGAAGUGUUGAAAUCUGCAGUUCAACUUGGGGAAAGUUAGUAGUUUGUAUAAAACAUCAUGAAAGUGGCAGAUAUUAAUACAUUUACACUUCUGACCAUAUAUAACCCAUUAAACUAGGGUGACACACGGUGCCAUACAAACCCUGUUUUACAGUGUGUUCCUUUUGUGUUUAAUGGAGAUAAUGGAGUAAAAUACAUGGUUACCAUUUUGCAUUGCCAAGGGAAAAUGUAUUUUCUGACCAUGAUGGAUUUAUGUUGGCUGCUGGAUCGUUCCCUGGUUCGAAGUCUGACAUCCCAGAAAAUCUAAUAUACACUUGACCAGUUCUGGAUACGAAUCAGAAGAGAUUAUUAAAGAUUAAAGAUAGAUUUUGUAUUAAAAGCCUAAUUCAAAGUCUUCUGUACUAAUCUGGGACUGCACGGUAGUGCAGUGGGUAGCCCUGUUGCCUUGAAGAAAGAAGAAUCUGGGUUUGAUUCCAGUCCCCGGGUCUUUCUGCUUGGAGUUUGCAUGUUCUCACUGUGCUUGCGUGUCAUCAAAAGUUAUCAUUUGACAUCAUUAACAGUUCUGUAUUAAACAAGUUGCUUGCUGAAACACAAAAUGAGCCUCCAUUUUCUAAAUAUAUCUUCGCAAAUGGAAUAAAGCAUCAACCAAAUAAAAUAAAACAAUGACUACCAACAGAUUUCUUAAUGUAAUUGAGUUAUAAUCAGAUUGAAAGCCAUUAAAUUGAUUGGCCAUUUUCAUAAUUAAACUUCCAUUGAGCGUUGUAAUAUUUCUCUCAAACUCACAGACUUACACACAGUGUCUGCAUAGCAACAGCCAAAAUGAUCUUUCUAAAUCAUAUCAAGUUUUAAUACUUCCAAAUAAAUCCUUUUUCUCUUUUCGUUCUUAUUACUUUUUAUUUGAGCUGGUGCAAUAAAUUAAUCAAUGAGGUUGUCUUCAAGGCCUCAAGCCAAUAAUCAUAUGUGCAUCAAGGUGUAGCAAUAGAAAAGACCAAAGACAGAAAAGACGCUUUGUAUUCAGCAGGAUUUUACUUACUUUUUUUUCAUCAAAUGAAGCUGUAUACAUCUCAUCUCUCUAACGUUUUGCUGUUGCUGAUGGGUUUUAUUUGUUUUUUAAUAUUCCAAGCAUGUUGUCAACAUGUUCAGGGAGCGCAUUUCUUCUUGUAUGUUCUCCGAAAGCAGAAUAGCUUUGAUGACUGACUAUUGCACACAGCUACAAACAAAUACAGAAACUGACUCCAAAUGCUCUGGUUACAUUUCUAUGAGAAGCUGAAACUGAUUUUCCUUUUUUUUUCAAUGCUUACUAUUAAAUGUUUUGUGAUGUUUCCUGUAUUUUGAUAAAGGCAAUUUUUUUCUUCUCA